AAGCGCGUAAGGAGAAACCGUCGCGCGGUUCCAGGGAGCGCGCGCGGCGCUUCGGUGAUGAUUACAGCCGCCGGCUUCCAGAGAUACCGAGCGUGAUAUAAACCAGAACAAUCUGCCUGAAGCGCAGACGUUGGUACCGGAGAACGUUCGGUAAUAAUUACAGAGAGCCGGUUGUUCCGCCUCGAGCGUUUAGCGAGCGGCGGAGCAGUCGCUGUGACGUCAGAUCCGCGGGUUCAGCGCAUAGUUCUCGGAAUAGAUUUCUAGGAAACGGUAAAAUGUAAAAGCAGAGCAUUUGCAGGCUGCACUUCACACGUUUGGACGGUUUUAUGGUGGAAACACUUCACAAACCGCUUGACGUUCUGAUUGUUCCCCGCCGCCGGUUGGUUUCCUCGACGCUGUCUCAACGUCGAGGUGACUUUUUUUUUUUUAAACCACUUCUUAAACGCAGAUCUGCUCGCAUGUUUCAUUAUUUUCUCAAGAACAAAUACUGAGCGGAUUCGAGUAGUAUGAUUCUUUGUGUACCAGGUCCUAGAUCAAUUCUGCCUCCUGCUCCUUCCAUCGACACCCCACGGGGUAUGCGGGCAGGAACGCUUUCCAACCCCCCUUGCCUUCAAAACACCUCCCUGCAAUGGGACCCUGCGAAAGACUUGCAAGCAAUUGCCAGCAACAUCUACUACCUAGAAAACUCAGGUUGGUACUGGGGGGCUGUGACGGCAGCUCAGGCCCACGCUGCACUGCAAGAAGCAUCUGAAGGAGCUUUUAUGGUACGAGACAGCAGCCACCCUCUGUACAUGCUGACCCUCUCGGUCAGGACUGCACGUGGUCCAACCAGCAUACGGAUUCAAUACAGUAGUGCCCGGUUCUCGCUGGACUCCAGCUUCCCGGCCCGACCCAACCUUUCUUCUUUCCCCAACGUGCCCAGUCUGGUGCAGCACUACAUAGGAUCAGAGAGGAAAGCAGCAGGGAGGAACAUGGAGGGAGAAGCUCCUUGCAAACCCUCUCAGCCGAUUAUUCAGGAGACGCCCAUACUGCUAAAACUCAAGACAGCUGUGUACAAACCCCAGGGCCUCCCCAGCCUACAGCACCUUACACGCCUCGUUAUUAACAGACACUGUGAUUAUCCCGAACAGCUACCGCUCCCGAGGCCUCUGAUGCGCUACGUACAGGACUAUCCCUUCAGGGUAUGAAUAAUCCACAAUGCCCAUUACAGCCAAAUGUCAACUGACCUAACAGAAAAA